AUGAUGUGGCCAUCGACUUCUCAGGGGAAAUGGCUCUCCUUCUACAUUACCUUUGCCUCAGGGGCAGGCUUCGCCUUGUUCGGUUACGAUCAAGGUGUCUUCGGGGCUCUUCUCGACAAUGAGUCCUUCAUCAAGACCUUCAACAACCCUGAUCCAACUCUUCAAGGACAGAUUACAGCAAUAUACGAUCUUGGUUGCUUCGCUGGUGCCCUACUUACAAUGUGGCGCGGAAACCGAUUCGGUAGCCGCAAGACCAUACUGGCUGGCUGCACUAUCCUGAUUCUUGGCGCGAUCCUUCAAACGACAUCCUAUCAUACGGCGCAGAUGAUCAUCGGCAGAUUCGUUGCCGGCGUUGGCAAUGGCAUGAAUACUACGUCCAUCCCCGUCUGGCAGUCGGAAACGGCACCUGCAAAGUGGCGUGGGCGAGUCAUGGUCCUCCAGCUUGCGCUCAACCAAUUCGGCAACGUCUCCUCUCAGUGGAUCAACUACGGCAUGACAUUCAUCUCUUCUAACAGCGUCUCUUGGAGAUUUCCACUGGCCUUCCAAUGUUUUUGGGCAAUCCUGGCCAUGGCCUUUGUCCCAUUUCUCCCCGACUCGCCGCGCUGGCUAAUCAUGAAGGAACGCAAUGAGGAGGCGCUCGAAGUCAUACAGAGGUUGGGCGGGAACUCUCAGACCGAAGACGAGAACCGAGCCGUACACGAAGAGAUCCGAGCGAGCGUACAACAUGAAAUGUCAAUGGGCAAGAUCAAUAUCAGGAGUCUGUUGAAGAGCGACUCGCUUCAGACAACGCGCCGCAUUAUUCUCGGUGCAGGCACUCAGCUCAUGCAGCAAUGGAGUGGCAUAAACGCGCUCUUCUACUACCUGCCUGUUGUCUUCGCUUCACUGGGUGUUGGGCGUAACCUAUCCCUCAUCCUGUCCUCGUGCAACGCCAUGAACAUGACCAUCUCUACCGUCCUCGGUGCCUUGUGGAUUGAAGGAGUGGGAAGGAAGAAGCUCAUGGUCUGGGGCGCCGUAGGACAGUCGAUCUGCUUCUGCUUCAUCAGCAUCGGGCUUAGUCUAGGCGGAAGCAAAUGGGAGGCGGUUGCGGUUGCCUUUGUCUUUGGAUAUAGCACCGUUUUUGCCUUGACCUGGAUCGCCGUCCCAUGGAUGUACCCAGCUGAAGUCAACACACAACGCAUGAGGAUUGCGGGUGCGGGUGUCGCAACGGCUACAAAUUGGAUUAACAACUACGUGGUUGUUCUAGUGACGCCUGUGGGCAUCAGGAACCUUAACUGGAGGUACUACCUCAUUUAUGCAGUUCUCAACGCUGCCUUUGCAAUUAUUUGCAAAGUCUUUUACGUGGAGACUGCGCGGUUGAGCUUGGAGCAGAUCGACAGCAUCUUCGACCGGAGCGCACCCAUCGAAAGCAUUGAAGGAACUGGCGGUGUUACUGACAACGAGAAAGCGACGAGCGAAGCUCUUCCAUCUGUCAUGCAUGUCCCCAAGAGGGAUGCCAAGCAUAAUUCUGACUGA